AUGGCGAAUCCUUCAUCACCACCUGGAAUCGCCAUUCUUGGAGCUGGGAUCUUCGUCAAGACUCAGUACAUUCCUCGCUUAGCUGAGAUCUCCGAUCUCGUCAACCUCAAAGCCAUUUGGAGCCGUUCUGAGGAAUCUGCGAAAGGAGCUGUGGAGGUAGCACGGAAGCAUUUUCCUGGAGUGGAGUGCAAAUGGGGAGAUGAAGGUCUUAAUGACAUCAUUCAAGACACUUCCAUACUUGGUGUUGCUGUUGUCAUUGCUGGCCAAACACAGGUAUCGUAUAAAUUAAAAAAAAAACUUAUAUUCGUUAAACCCUUUUUUAUUGCAGCAAUCAGUGAGAUAGAAACUGCAAUGUCAAGCUAUAGAAAUAUGUCUGCUGAUUCCCCAUGCCGUCCAAUCUGGGCUGUGGCUGAAAAUUAUCGCUUUGAGCCAGCUUUUGUUGAGUUGAAGAAACUGGUGGAGGAAGUUGGGGAUAUGAUGAAUGUCCAACUUAUCAUUGAGGGAUCAAUGAACAGUUCAAAUCCUUACUUCUCAAGCUCCUGGAGACGUGAUUUAGACGGUGGAUUUAUCUUGGAUAUGGGUGUGCAUUACAUUGCAGGAUUAAGAAUGCUUGUUGGAUGCGAGGUAGCAUCAGUCUCAGCCACCACUUCCCAUGUUGAUAAGACUUUACCUGCACCAGACAAUAUAACAUCUAACUUUCAACUUGAGAACGGAUGCUCUGGAGUUUUUGUCAUGGUUGUGUCUUCAAGGUCUCCAAAGAUAUUAUGGAGAGUCGUAGGAUUAAAGGGAACAGUUCAACUUGAGCGUGGAGUCCAAGAUGGCCGACAUGGUUACAUGGCCACAGUUUACGGAGAAGGAGGGACAUCAAGGACCAUCUUUUACCCGUUUAGUGGAGUGACUGAGGAGCUAAAAGCGUUCUUCAGUGACAUUUCAGGGACGUCAAAGGAGCAAGAGCCUCGUCUGUCUUACGUCGAAGGUGCUAGGGACGUUGCUGUUCUUGAGGCAAUGCUUGAAUCUGGUGCAAGAAACGGCGCUGUUAUUCCUGUUAAAAAGUUCUAG